UAGGUCCACUUGCACCCCAGCUUCUGAAGGGCAGCCGAAGAGACCCUGCAGUGACUGAAUCCCAGGAAGCAUCGAUGACCUUUGAAGAUGUGGCUGUUUACUUCACAUGGGAAGAAUGGAGGCAACUGGACUUUACUCAAAGGGCCUUAUAUAGGGACGUAAUGCUGGAGAAUUAUAGAAAUGCAGUCGCAACAGGCUUUAAGGGACCCAAGCCUUACUUGAUCUCACAGCUGGAACGAGGAGAGAUGCUAUGGAUUCUGGAUCUACGGGAGACAGAGACCACUGAGGCCAGAAGAGGUACUUGGCCAGAUGGCAAGACUGAGAACAAAGAGUCUAGGCCCAAGCCGGGCACUUCUGAAGAUGCGACGUCACAGGGACGAUUGUUUAGAGAGGGGCAACGGGAGAACUUGAAUGGGAACUCAGCCAGAUGUCAACAAGAAAAUGUUGUCUGUGGAAGCAGCCCCAGAGAAACAGACCCCUCCAGAGAGGGUGGCCCGAGUGGGGAUCCACAAGAAAAGUCCUAUAAAUGUAACCAAUGUAAGAAAGCCUUCAGGUGGAAGUCAAUGCUCAUCCUCCACCAUAGAAUUCACAGUGGAGAGAAACCUUAUGUAUGUAAUGAAUGUGAGAAAGCUUUUAGUCGCAGCUCAGACCUGACUAAUCAUAAGAGAAUUCAUAGAGGAGAGAAGCCUUAUGAAUGUAAUGUGUGUGGGAAAAGUUUCACAUGGAGCUCAAACCUUAUUAACCACAAGAGAAUACAUAGUGGAGAAAGGCCUUACAAAUGUAAUAUAUGUGGGAAGUCUUUCACUCAGGGCUCAAUCCUAAUAAAACACCACAGAGUUCACAGUGGAGAGAAACCCUAUGAAUGUACUGAAUGUGGGAAGGCCUUCAGCCAGAAAGGAAACCUUAGUAAUCAUCAGAAAAUUCACACCAGAAAGAUCAUUGUUGUGAGCCCUAAGAAAACAACCACCCCAGAAAAUCAGUGAAGCCUCUCACAGUUACUGUGGCACAAAUCCAGGGUAAAACUUGGCUAGUCCAAGAAGUUUUUCUACAUCUCCUGGCCUAGAAAGUACCUCACUUAAUUUAUUCUGAUUGACUUCUUCAGAGAGGAUACUCUGGUUGGAACUCUCGAUGCCCUUACCUCAUGAUUCCUUUAUCACACUCUGAUUUUUCAAGCCCUACAGCUAAUUUGACCCGAGGCCAAAAUAAUAGGACUGAAAAUGGCCUGUAUGUCUCAGCAAUCCUGUUUUUCCACAGAAAUGUAGAUGAAUUGACCUCAAACUUUUGCUUACACAGAUCUUUCAGGAAAAAAGGAAAGAAGGAAAUGUUUUCCAUUUGUUAUUUAGUAUUCAAACCCUUAAGCCAUUUGCCCUCUCCAGGCCUUAAUUUCCUCAUCUGUAAAUGGUAAUUACAUUAUUUUCACUAGUUGCCUCUCGGGGCUAUGGUUAAGAAAAGUGAUGAAAUCUGGUCUCUGAUACUUCCUAGCUGUGUGACCCUGGGCAAGUCACUUAAACCCCAUUGCCUGGGUUCUUCUGCCUUGAAACCAAUGAAUGCACAGUAUUCAUUCUAAGACAAGGUUAAGGGUUGUUAAAAAAAAGUGGCAGAGAACUAGGAACGGUGAAGUUAUUUUUCUUUUCUAAAAUUUUUCUUUAUUAAAUUGCAUUUUGGGGGGGGUGUUAGUUUCCUUCACACCCACCCCUACUUUUGGGGAGAAAAGAGAGAGGACAAAAUCCUUGUGACCAAUAUUUAGAGUCAAGCAAAAUACCUGCAAUUACCCCCAAAAUGCCUUCUGUCCCAUUCUAUACCCUGAGCCCAUCAUAUCUCCAGAGCCAUGUGGACAACCUGCUCAGUCAUUGGUCCUCUGACUGAGGAUUGGUUGGUUAUUGUGUGGAUCAGAGUUCUUAAUUCUUUCCAAGUUCUUUGUCUUUACAGUAUUGUUGUCAUUGUAUAAAUUGUUCUUCUGGUUAUGCUCACUUCACUGUAUCUGUUCAUAAGGUCCAAAACCGCUCUUUGUAAUUUCCUACAGUACAGUAAUGCAGUAUUAAAAAUUAAAGAUCAUUGAAUUCAAAA